AUGGAAGAAGUGGAAGGCCAUGGUGAGCUCACAAAUCACGAUAUUGUGGUUAAGAGCACUGCUAGCUCUCAGCCUGAAGCAACGAAGAGCUUCUCAGUGUCCGACAAUGAUAUUCUGCGCACCCAGGGCCAUGAAGCAGUACUUAAACGAUCAUUUUCUAUUGUUACAUCACUCGGCUUUGCAUUCAAGUAUGAUACCCUCUACGUUUUUUUGCGCGUAUUCACUGAACUAUGUAGUAUAACAAAUUCUUGGGUCGGUGCGCUGAGCAAUUUCGGACAAAAUCUCAGAUAUGGAGGAACUCAAGUGGCUCUGUUUUCUGUUAUCAUUGCUUUUUUUGCGCAGUGGAUCAUAACUUUAGGCCUUUCUGAGUUGGCUUCAGCGUUUCCUUCAUCUGGAGGCCAAUACCACUUUGUCUACAUAAUCGCACCCCCUAAGCACAAAAGAUUUGCUGCAUCUAUGACAGGUUGGAUGUCGAUACUUGGAUGGUGGAUGGUGACAGGCUCCGGCUUGUCUCUCGUAGCCAAUGCAGCCCUGGAACUCAGUAAAUUUCUACAUCCAGACUUCGAGAUCAAAUAA